AUGGCUACCUUAACAGGAACUAUUUCUUCUCUGGCCCAACCGUUCGUGUAUCUUGAAAACACCAGCAAUAGCCCUCCAGUCAAAGAGACAAUCAGGCCCAGGAAUGAUACCACGAUCACUCCGCCUCCUACUCAGUGGUCAUACCUUUGCCAUCCGCGACUGAAGGAGGUACAGGACGAAGUCGAUGGAUAUUUCUUGGAGAACUGGAAAUUUCCAAGCUUCAAAGCUGUUCGCACCUUCUUGGAUGCCAAGUUCUCAGAGCUUACUUGUCUUUACUUCCCUCUCGCACUGGACGAUCGCAUCCACUUCGCCUGCCGACUGCUGACCGUUCUCUUCCUCAUCGAUGAUCUUCUUGAGCAUAUGUCUUUCGCGGAUGGAGAAGCCUACAACAACAGAUUGAUCCCAAUAUCGCGUGGAGAAGUGCUCCCGGACCGAACCAAAACAGAAGAGUUUAUUCUCUAUGACCUCUGGGAAAGCAUGCGCGCCCAUGAUACGGAGCUGGCCGACGAAGUUCUCGAGCCGACUUUCGUGUUCAUGCGCUCGCAGACUGACCGAACGCGUUCGACAAUCCAAGAAUUGGGGCAUUAUCUCGAGUACCGUGAAAAGGAUGUAGGCAAGGCGUUGCUUUCGGCUCUGAUGAGAUUCUCGAUGGGACUUAGACUCAGUGCAGAUGAACUUCAGGGUAUGAAAUCCCUUGAAUCCAACUGUGCAAAGCAGAUUUCUGUAGUCAACGACAUAUACAGUUAUGACAAGGAAGAGGUGGCGUCUCGGACUGGACACAAGGAGGGAGCCUCCCUUUGUUCAGCUGUAAAGAUUCUGGCGGAGGAGGCCAAGCUUGGUAUACCCGCAACGAAGCGCGUGCUUUGGUCUAUGACUCGGGAGUGGGAGAUUGUGCAUGACGAGAUCGUGGCUGAGAAAAUUGCAUUCCCAGACGGCUGCUCUGAAGCUGCUAAGGCGUAUAUGAAGGGCCUAGAGUACCAAAUGAGCGGCAAUGAGCAGUGGAACACCCUUGGCACCUGGUGUUAA